AUGAUGCACGCUCUCCGCCCGUCCUCCAUUUUUCGCCCGUCUUCCCGCCCGUCCUCGCCAGUGCCAGGUGGCACAUCAGCCCGCUCAGAGAGUGCGCCACCUGUAGACCGUGCGCGGCCGAUGACAAAGCUAUCGUCCCUCACAUUCUCCCGCCGGCCUUCACCAUCGCCGGCGGUCUCCGCGACACCCGCACCAGCUAUCGUUCAGGAUGGAUCAUACCUCGAAGUGCUCUCGCUCAAGCUCAGCGAGAUGGUCUCCAAGAGUCUUAUGGCUCCAACCGUGCCUGCCGCAACUGGCAGCAGUGACAUCCUGAAUGGUCGGCGUCCCAUCCCAGCCGGCCGUGGCCGCGCUCUUGGCGCUCUCAUUGAGACUGAGAUCAACGCCUCGAAGGAGAACCCACAUCUCCGCAAGGCAGUUCUACGCACGCUUCAGCGUCCGCUUUCGACAUGCCUUACAACACUCUCCUCACACCUCCUCCCGCUUCUUUCAUCCCCGACCUUCUCAGCGUCAAUCUCGAUCUCAUCGGCUCCAGGAGCCUCACCAUUCAAUGCCACGCAGAUCCACGCACUAUCACUUGCUACCUUCGCCGGCGAGCUCCUCGAGGCCUUCGAUCGUAUCGGCCUCGGACACGACGAUGGUCUGCGUUCAGUGCGCGAGAACCUCGCGUCUGUACUGUCACGCGUCAUGAACCCACUUGUGGCAUCGAUUAGGAACGACAUCCUGCCCCUAAUUGUCGCAGUGGAGGAGACGCCCGCCCCAGCCGCUCCGUCCCCGUCCACCAAAACGCCCUCGCGUGUUCUGCACCCGAGCAUCGCGGCACUGCAAACUUCGAUGCCGUCUUACACGCGUGCACUCGUGCGUUUAUUCAGCAUUCCCACGACUGACGGGACGCUGGCAACGCUCGACAUAGCGCUUGUAUGGCGGGCACUGGUGGCGCUUGCCCACCGUCAGCCCCCGGAGAGCUCACCGCCGGGUUCGCCUCAGCCUCUUGGCCUCGUACCCACAGUUUCACGCAAGCGCCGGAGCGUGACGCCGCCAAACACGCCACCUGCCGCCAAGUUCAUCGCCAAGCUUCCCGGUCCUCUUUCGCGUCCGCCCUCACCGACCGUACCGAAGCUGUCUCCGCACGCGGUAGACGCCCGCGCAUUGCUAGAUAUUCUUUCCACCCUGCCGCGGCCAUCGCCGGACAGCCUCGCGCGCGAUGCAGUGGAUGAUGCGUUCUCUGCACUCCGUGAGCUCGUAGGGCUUCUUGAGGCGGAUCUUGGAUCCAUGCGUUCAGGCGAUGCUUCGGCGCUCGCGCAGCAGUUGACCUCACGGACGGGGGAGACGCCCACGCUCGUAGCGCUUCCCGUCUUGAUGCAUGUACUGCGUCCAGGGAAGACUCGAAGCGUCGCGCGCAUGCUCGGGCUUGAAGAAGCCGAAUACCGUCGGGGAUGUCUUGCCGGCUUUGGGCGUGCAGAGGAAUGCGUGCCGAGUGUUGGCCGUCGUGCACUUGAAGUGUUGAAGCGCGAGGGCGGAGAGGACGCGCUUGUGAUGUGGCUUGACGCCGAGGUGAAGGCCGCUGUUGAUGAUGCGAAUGCGACGAGAUGA